UGAAUCCAGGGAGUUUGUCUUGUAAAUCCACCGCGCCUAACACUGCACCUUGGACGCCGUCAAAGCAGGCAGGUAGAUAAACUAAGUAGUAAGCUUAAAGCAGAUUUGACUUAAGGAAAAAUUUAAAAAGUAAGAUAUUAGAAUAACAAAUCCAACAUGGUCGAAGUCACGGGCGUCCGCUAGUUUAUGAAUGAAUAUAAUGUAUGAUGUUUAUAAGCAGACAUUGGCCGUAGACACUAAAAUAUAUGAGUGCGAGCGUAUUGUACUGUUUCACAGUACUUGAAACUGUUAAUCUGUGCUUGUUAUGUAUAAUUAUAUAAUUAUUAAUUUUAUUUAUUACAAAUAAUGAUAUUGUUUUUAAUUAAAGUGCCACGUUCAACAUUGUCACCGUCCGGUUAACAAAGUAUGGGUUUAAUUAAUUUUUUAAAAGUUGCAUUCUGCUUCUUCUUUCUGUACUUCAUACUCAUAGAUGCCGUCCAGGAAUUCUGUACUCAAAAAGGUGCAUGCAUAUCAGUUGAUUUAUUGGAAUCAGAAGCGACAUUUGCGAAUGAUAUCUUAACAUAUACCUAUAGUAAGGAAAAAAAGUUAAUGGCAAAUUGUCACGUACAAAAAGAUACAUUUCUAAAAGAAUAUGGAAUAUUUUACAACUACACUUUUGACAUUCAUUCACAAUGGAUGGUGGGAGAUCGAAGGUCAAAUUGGCCAACGGGAAAUACAAAUAUUACAACGUCCUUUGACUUAUCUAUAGAUACUAACGGAACUAAAUUUACUUGCCUCAUCUUUUUAUUUGUUUCUAAAUUUUAUAACGAAAAAGUACACAUUAAAUUCGUCUAUGCUGCGGAAGAGUAUGCAGUCACUGAGUCGUACAAUAAAAAUCGUAAUGAUGCGCAUAAAGAAAAUCAUCAUGAUAUGCAAAAUGAAACAAAUGAUGAAACGCACAAUACAACUGAUACUCAUGAAACUGCAAAUACUAACAACAAAACCUUUAAUAUUACGCACCAUGAUACUACGAAUCAAGAAAAGUAUAAUGAUACGCAUAAGGACAAUCGUCAUAAAUCACACAAAGAAAAUCUCACUCGAAAGACUAAUGAAACUCAUAAUGUUACGCACCAUGAUACACGUGACAAUACAAAUGUUACUGAUACGCACAAAGAAAAUCAUAGCAAAUCACACAAUGAAACUCUGACAAUUAAUGCUGACGAUGAAAAAUCAUCAGAAUUAGGUUAUACUAAUAAAACACAUAACGAAUCUGAUUACAAAGGAUAUAAUGGAAGUCAAGUACAAGAAAAGACGUUUUUCGAGAGUCACUAUUGGAUUCCAGUAGUUGUUGGUGUUAUUUUAGUGAUAAUUAUUGCAAUAAUCACAACGAAAUGUAUAAUACUGAAAGUAAAACGAAGACUUCUGAAGCAAAUACAAGAUGCAACAUCUCAAAUGAAUUUAAUAAAGGUUAUACCUGAUGGAAAAACAGAAGAAUCCGCGACGCAACAUUUUGUGAAUGGCUUAGAAGUUAUAGAGUUGAGCAACCAAUACGAUUACUGCGAUGUCAGUCAUAUGGAGACUUUCAGAAAACCCCCAACAGUCGCCGGAGGCACAGAAUGUACAACCGGGAGCCGAAAAAUAAAAAAUGUAAAUUUUAGAUACGUCCCAUCUCGUUAUUUAAUUAAUAAUGUCACCAAUGAAUUAAUUUAUGAAAAUUGUUUAAACAGUGCAAUACCGAGUCAAGGUCGUUAAUUGUGAAUCUAAUAUAUAAAAUUCUCGUGUCACAGUUUUCGUUGCCAUACUCCUCCGAAACGGCUUGACCGAUUCUGAUGAAAUUUUUUGUGCAUAUUCAGUAGGUCUGAGAAUCGGCCAACAUCUAUUUUUAAAACCCCUAAAUCAUAGGGUAGGGUAGUGGUAGGGUAGGGGUAUGGUAUAGGGAUAGGGUAGGGGUAGCGUAGCGGUAGGGUAGGGGUAGGGCAGGGGUAGAGUAGAGGUAGGGUAGGGGUAGGGGUAGGAGUAGGGUAGUGUAAGGUAGGGAUAGGGAAGAAGUGCAAAUACAUAAAUUAAUAAGUCAAAGCGAAGCUUGAGCGGGUCCGCUAGUUAUUUGUAUAAGAUUUGAGGAAGGCCUACGUACCUAUACGCUAUAUAGGCGACUUAUAACUGUAAGUAGGUACAUAAUAUAUUUUUUAAGACAAAACUGUAAACUGUAAGGUACUAGAAUAAAGGCUUGUCAUUUAUUUAUA